GGAGCAAAGUGAUGGUGGUGGUGGUUGGCGAUGGUGGUUGUAAAAGUUCCGCGUCGAGAUCAAAUCCUCGAAUUCUCAAUUAAAAUCGGUGGACGAAAUUUCGCAGACGGUCGGCCACGUACUUAACCGUGUUCUUGGUUGGCUGGUGAUUGGAAAGAGCGGACGAGGAGGGGAGCGAAGCUCGUAGGAUCGGAAGAGGAAAAGGUGUUUUAACGAGCGGAUCGAGACGGUUGUCGGUGAUAAUCGAUCCGCGUUAUUUGCGUACAAUAGCGCGAGUGGGCCCUGUCAAUUUGUAAUCUCGAUCCAUCGGAGAUUAUUGGAUCGAUCGAUCGAUCGAUGGUGGACACACGCUUCCCCGACCACGAUUAACCGGUGUUCCGGUUAAUAGGUAAAGGAUCGUCGGCGAAUUGACAAAGGAGAAUCGUUCUGUUAAGCAUUCACGGCAACACUUUCACGUGCGCGUUACCUGCGGGGUACCUUGGGUCUGUUAAUUAGCAGACAUGUACGCCCACGUGCACGGCGAUAACGGCAUGUGCUGUUAUCUGCCCACGGUGCUCUAUCUGGAACGAUAUCAGGCUCACAGAGCUCUAGAGCUCCUCGAAGAUUAUCACGCGAAGCUGACGAGGCCUCAGGACAAGCAACUACGAUUGGCCAUCGAGCGUGUCAUCCGUAUCUUCAAAAGCAGACUCUUCCAGGCGUUAUUGGAUGAAAACUCGUCCGAAAUUUUGACCGAGGCUUUGUACGAGCGGCGGAGGAAAAGAGAGAAAAAGAGGGAAGGGGGGCAAUAUCGAGCCUUGUUUUUACUUCAAUCCGGAAUCGAGGAUUCUUGUGAACACAGGGGGAGGGAUUUUCAUCGUAUUCUUUGAGCGUACGAUUCUCUUGGUAUCGAUCCUUUUGGAAACCUUUUGUUAUCAUCAGUCUGUACGUACGUACGCCGAGAACGAAAUAAUAUCUUUUAAUCUUUCCAAGGAUAAACAAUCCAUUUCAAAGA